CUGCCUUGGCCGCCGUGUCUGUUUUCCUUCGAGACUUUGUACUUCGAUAAAACUAUUGCUGCUUUGCAUUUUAGAACAGCGCCGCUGCUACAAAAGAGAGCCUAUCAGACAAGGCCGAUACAGUGAUAUACCCCCCACCCGGAAGCCGCUCCGUGAAGAGUCACAACAACCCCCGGGCAUCAAAGCUCAGAACGCAUCGCCGACCCGGCGCGAAAAUCCGGCGGAUUACAGCAAGUCACUGAGAAAAGCUACCCGUCUCUCCCAAUCGCCCAGCAUGGCUGCUGCCGGCGUCUCCUCUCCAGUGUCGCAUCCUCCAACCUCCACAUCCAUGACACCCGCCUCUAAUACAUCUACAUCUCCAUCUACAUCCUCAGCUACAUCAGACAUGGCCGCGGCAACCUCCAAAUCCUCAUGGAUCGCCCUCGGGUGCGAAGGCUCCGCCAACAAGCUCGGCAUCGGCCUCAUCCGCCACACGCCAACCUCUGCCACGAUUCUCUCCAACCUGCGCCAUACCUUCAUCUCUCCUCCAGGCACAGGCUUCCUCCCUAAAGACACAGCGCUGCACCACCGCACCGAGUUCGUCGCACUUACACGCCGCGCCAUCGCCGAGGCCGGCAUCACGCCCGACGACGUCGACUGCAUCUGCUUCACUCAGGGUCCCGGCAUGGGCGCACCGCUGACGAGCGUCGCCAUCGGAGCCCGCACGCUGGCUCUCCUGUGGGACAAGCCGUUGGUGGGCGUCAACCAUUGCGUGGGACAUAUUGAGAUGGGCCGCGAGGUGACGGGCGCCGACAACCCCGUCGUUCUCUAUGUCAGCGGCGGCAACUCGCAGGUCAUCGCCUACGCCGAGAAGCGCUACCGCAUCUUUGGCGAGACGCUCGACAUCGCGGUGGGCAACUGUCUCGACCGUUUCGCCCGCGUCCUCAACAUCAGCAACGACCCGGCGCCAGGCUACAACAUUGAGCAGCUGGCCAAGAAGGGCACUAAGCUGCUCGACCUCCCCUACGUCGUCAAGGGCAUGGACUGCUCCUUCUCCGGCAUCCUUGCCAGCGCAGAGGCCCUGGCCGCACAACUUCUGCAACUCGGCCCCGACGGUGCAGGCUUCACCACCGAAGACCUGUGCUUCUCCCUGCAGGAAACCAUCUUCGCCAUGCUGGUCGAGAUCACCGAGCGAGCCAUGGCCCACGUGGGCAGCAGCGAGGUCCUCAUCGUUGGUGGCGUGGGCUGCAAUGAGCGGCUGCAGGAGAUGAUUGCGUGCAUGGCCAAGGAGCGAGGCGGCAGCGUCUUUGCCAUGGACGAGAGAUUCUGCAUCGACAAUGGCAUCAUGAUUGCGCAUGCGGGGCUGCUGGCGUACAGAACGGGGUACCGCACGCCUAUCGAAGAGAGCGUGUGUACGCAGCGCUUCAGAACGGACGAUGUAUACGUCGAGUGGAGGGACUAGAACUACACGCAAGCAAAGAUAAAUAAAAUAAAGCAAGAAUAGACAGC